UUUUAUUUGUAAAAAACUGGGAAGGAAAUAAGCACGAUUUCUCUGAACUUCUAAUCAAAACCUUCGCAAUCUUCUCCGUUGCCAUUAACAUUUAUACGUCGAUCUCCUGUGACUGCCCGUAUCCUCUGUGAUUUCUCCAUGGAAGCGCUAGCAAGCUCUGUGACCAUUCCCAAGUUUUCAGAGGCAUACACUCCUUUGUUCUGGAACCCGACCAAGCGGACUGGGUUUCUCAGAAUCAACGACUCUACUACUUUUGGUGCCCUUCGUGCUCUCUCUGGUGAAGCUGAAGAGGCUAAACCAUCUGAUAAUAGAUUUGGACUCUUUUCCGAAGAAGAUGUAUCUUUCCCCGAGGAUGAGCUAAAUUUUACACAAAGCAAUGAAAAGAAUGCAAAUGAGCGUUUAAAGGUGGAUGCAUCUCUUACUGCUCCAUCUGGCAGUGGAACUAGAGCUGGUCUUUUCAGAACACCAAUAUCUGGUGGCGUGCAGAGUGCAACCUCAGCGCAUGGUCUACCCAGACCGGCCUUAGCUGUCCGCAAUCUCAUGGAACAGGCCAGAUUUGCUCAUUUGUGCACUGUGAUGUCUCGGAUGCACCACCGCAGACAAGGAUACCCAUUUGGUUCUUUGGUAGAUUUUGCAACUGACUCCAUGGGCCAUCCAAUUUUUUCUUUUUCACCUCUGGCCAUUCAUACCCGGAAUUUGUUGGCAGACCCAAGAUGCACCAUUGUUGUGCAGAUACCUGGAUGGAGUGGCUUGUCAAAUGCCAGAGUAACUAUUUUUGGUGAUAUAUACCCCCUUCCAGAGGAUCAGCAGGAGUGGGCUCACAAGCAAUACAUAGCUAAGCAUCAACAAGGACCUUCUCAACAGUGGGGAAAUUUUUACUACUUCAGGAUGCAAGACAUCAGUGACAUUUAUUUCAUCGGAGGCUUCGGGACUGUUGCGUGGGUGGAUGUGAAAGAGUAUGAGGCCCUUCAACCUGAUAAGAUUGCAGUUGACGGAGGCGAGCAAAGCCUUAAGGAAUUGAACGCGAUGUUCUCAAAACCUCUGAAAGAGCUGCUAUCAGCUGAAAGUGAGGUAGACGAUGCUGCCUUAAUAUCGAUAGACAGCAAGGGAAUCGAUAUUCGAGUCCGCCAAGGAGCUCAGUUCAAUGUCCAAAGGAUAUCCUUUGAAGGAGGGCAUGCCGUGGAAACACUUGAGGAAGCCAAGGUUGCUCUUCGGAAGCUAAUAAACAAAGGGGGAGUAUGCAAUUUUCAAACAUAAGUUGGGUGCCAAAAUAAAAGAAUGUUGAUGUUUUGUUUAGCAAUAGAUAGUCUUGAUUAGCAGCAAUAAGCCAUUGUAGAGUUCUUGAUGAUGUUUUGUUACGUUCUUCCUUUACUUCCUAUCUGGUUUUUAUUGCAUAAGUUAAUUUGACAUCGCAAGAAGCGUGUUGAAAAUGACUCGAUAAAUGUUCUGCAAC